AUGGUGCGCAAACUCAAGCAUCAUGAGCAGAAGCUCUUGAAGAAGGUCGACUUCAACACCUACAAAAGCGAUAAUGACCACCGAGAAGCCGCCGUCAUGCGCCGCUACGCAAUCCAGGGACGCGACGACUACCGCAAAUACAAUCAGCUCGCCGGCUCUUUGCGACAACUCGCACACAGAAUUGCCAACCUCGAUCCAUCAGAUCCCUUCCGCGCCAAGCAAGAGGACCUGAUACUGGAGAAGCUGUUCUCGAUGGGCUUGCUGGGAACCGGUGGCGGCGGCCGUGGAAAACUAUCUGACGUCGAGCACAAGCUCACAGUGAGCGCAUUCGCACGGAGGAGAUUGCCAGUCGUCAUGACCCGGCUACGCAUGGCAGAUCAUGUACAAUCAGCUGUUACACUCGUCGAACAAGGGCACGUAAGAGUUGGAACCGAUGUCAUCACAGACCCAGCCUACCUGGUCUCGAGGAAUAUGGAAGACUUCGUCACAUGGGUUGACUCCUCCAAGAUUAAGCGCAACAUCAUGAAGUACCGCGACAAGCUGGACGACUUCGAACUCGAGGCCCUAUGA